AUGCUAGAGUCGAUGACUACCGAGGCUCUCAACUUGGAAGACGCCCGUUUCUUCUUGUCUCUUGAAGAGACCCGCUUGGACCAAGCCGCCGCGCAUCACCGGAUGCGUUUCAUUAAUCACCCUCGCAUCGGCUCCGACACGGCUUUGAGUAAGUUCAUCUACGCUUCUCGCCUGCACGAUCUGUAUUCAGACCUUACUGUGACAGCGUCUGGUGACGCGUCUUUGGAGUCACUGUUUUCGGCCUUCGCAGCACCUUCUUCGCGUAAGUGGUGGCCGGCUGACAGCGACGUCAGGGGAGUCACCGAUGGCCUAUGCAAACUACAGCGAGUCUACGAGGUCUCAGUCGCACGGAUAGUGGCCAUGAUUGAUCGUCGGUUACAACCUCUUUUGCCGCAAGACUUCAUUCUAGUCGCAAGAGGCUGCUACGCAAAAGCGAUGCACGGCAACACAACAGCCUGGUCUGAACAAGCACUCACUCGGGCACGGUACACGCAGGGUAGCCUUCGUAAAGUUGAGUUGGGGCUUUCGUGGCUUCAGGUCAACGACGCUAAGCGCGCGGCCUUGAAAUCGAAGUACCAGCACCUGUAUCCUGCCCCGCCGGAGACUGACGUGGACGAAUACAAGUCGGUGUGCGUAGAAAAAGGUGAUUUUAGAGCGACUCAGGCUGAACUCACUUGCGUCUUGUGGACUGGCGAUGGAGACCCGCGGUUAAUACUUGCACCACUCAAGGUGGAAGUGUUGUCCCAAACGCCUCGCGUCGUGUUAUUCGCCGACUUCCUCACUCUGGCUGAACUGGCCUACAUGCAGGACUCUGGGCGUACAGGUUUGCAGCGAGGAAGCAUAUAUGACUGGGAAAAUCCAUCAGGAAUAACCAGUUACAAGCGCAUCAGCAAG